AAGUCCCGCCCCCUGCCCAGACGGAUGAAGUAGUGAAACAUCAUCUAUGGCAGCUAACAACACCGACACCUCCGACAGCAUCAUGGACAUCUCUGCGUCUCUCGCUGGCGUUUUGAAUGAAGAACACUGCCCUGAACACUUGCAGGUUUUAAAAACAUUCACAGCUGCGUUGCGGGACAAAGAGUACAGAGAUGCUGUGGAGGAGCAGGCGUUCUCCAGUCUUCUAGACGUCUUGUCCCGACUGUGCGAUGAGCUCCAGGCUGUCAGCUGUGACGACCAGGACCUGCAGUCCGUCUCCCUGCAGCUUCAGCUGACCGCCGAGUGCUUCAGGGCUCAGAGGAGCGCCUGCGUCCAGAGCACCCGCAACCAGAGUCUGCUCAGGGAGCUUGGUUUCAUUGAUGUAUCCCUUAAACUCCUGAGCUUCCUUCAUGCCACACAUUUGGAGAACAGGGAUGCCAUAUUUGAACCUCUUCGUUGCGGGAUCCAGUUCCUCGGUAACUUAUCGGUCGGAAACCAGAUGUGUAAAGAUGACGUCUGGCAGCUGAGCUUCCCAAAUCUUCUCCUGCAGCUGCUCAGCGUUGAUGACGAGAAGGCGGUAAACUAUGCUUCCAUGGUGCUCCACACGUGUCUGGAUGAAGCCAAGGUGGAAGAACUGUCUGAUCCGCAGAACAUCCAGCUGGCACUCAAAGUGAUGGAGCUCUGUAGGACCCAACCUGACCUCGACUGGACGGUUAUCAUCGCUACUCAGUUUUUCCUCAAGUCUUCAGCUCUGGUGGAGAGUAUGUACUCUGGGAUGUCUCACCAUGAAAGAGUUACUCUAUUGGAGCUGCUCUCUGCCCAGCUACAAGAGGAGGACUCAGAGGAGUGUGGCAUCCCUCCCAGUGUGGCUCGUUUCCUGGCUAGUUCCUUCCAGAAAGGCUGUGGGGCCGUGCUGACGCUCGCCACUGGCUCCGCUUCCAGUGAUGAGGUCCUGCAGGAGGCGCUGACAGUGAUUAGCCUGCUGGAUGUGCUGUGUGAGAUGACCUCAGACCACAGGCAGUUCAUGUUCCUCCAGGACCACCCUGACCUUCUAGUGACCACUGUUGAGCUCCUGCGGCAGGUGCAUGCUAUAGGGAAAGCCAGUAAGAAUAUUUUCAGUGCUGCUCAGAACUUCUCCUCCUUCAGUGGAGAAGGAGACGAUUCCUCCCAUUCUCCUGUCAUCAGCUUCAAGGCCCACCUCAUCAGGCUGAUAGGAAACCUCUGUUACAGCAAGACCGACAACCAGAACCAGGUGAGAGAACUGGAAGGCAUCCCCCUCAUCCUGGACAACUGCAACAUAGACAGCAACAACCCCUUUAUCAGCCAGUGGGCCAUCUUUACCAUCAGGAACCUCCUAGAACGCAACAAGCAGAACCAGGAGCAGGUCGCCGCCCUGGAACGCCGCGGCACCACCGACUACUCUGCGCUCAAGGAGCUGGGUUUCCUGGUGGAGGAGCGAGAGGGAGGCUUGCUGCUCAAAACUGUGAGGAAAGACUCUUGAAAACCUCGAAGAAGAGGGAAGCCCUCGACCCGCAAGCAGGUUUUCAUGUGAAGUAUGUCUAGAAAGGAAUAACGUACAUGCGCACACGUAUACGCUUGUGUGAACAUGUACUCUUGUACUCAUUAAUGUAACCUUUAAGCUUCAUCUGCGGGUGAAUUACCUGUCCACUACUAAACACAUACAUCUUGUGCCUGUCCAGAAUAACUGACAGCCACAUACUGCCGAUAGAUUAAGACGCUUGAGAAUUUGAUUCCUACCAGAGAAGUAUGUAUUAAUUACUUCUCUACCUCUUUUGCACUCACGCCCAGAUGAGAUUGAAGGUAUUCUUGAUACACAAAAGGUCCACGGGGUGUAAAAGCAGAGGUCAAGACGUCAGGAGCUCUUGUUUUGUCUUGACCCGAGUCUGGGAAAUGAAGAGUUUUGGGAGAGGCGAGCACACGCUGGUUCCUUUGGCCGGGCCGAUGCUUUGUGGUUUAAUCCAAAGACAAAGAGACACCGCAGUGUCCGGGCUUUUCACUUUGCACAGACACCGAUGUUACCAGCAGGGGUUGGGGUUUAAUCCCAGGCCCAUGGUGACUUCUGCAGUAACCGUGAAAACAAGAGAAUGACCAAAACAUGAUGUAAUCAACCCCCUCGCCGCCUUAGCUACUUAAACGGCGGUGUGUCGUUGCCAGAGGGACAUUCCAACGCUUCCAACAAUUUCUCCAAACAGGCACGAUAUUAAUAUUUCAAUCUAAGGACAUCUAAGGGCAAAAUACUAAAACGAAUAACAACUGACGCUGUGCAUGUUUUGUAAUUUAAAAAACAAUGCUCCGUAUGAAGCACGAGCUUGUCUCUGUAUCUCUGCUUAAGAAGAAUGAGUUUUAUACUCAACAUAGUCUAGUGAAUUUCAUCUUAUUCCUCAUCAUCUUAUUCUUCUUUUUCCAUCCUAUUGCUCUAUAGUAUAGAUAAAUAAGGGGACGAGGGCUCAUUGCAUGCAUUAUAGAUCAUUAAUCAUCUCUAAACUCACAACAAUGAGUCCAUGUUUUACACCUUAGACUGCUUUUCUUCAUGCUGAGCUAGCUAUAUUUGAGUUUCAACCAGACUGCAUAGACUUUUUUAGAGAUUUAGUGAAUGCAGUUCUUCCUGUUUAGCUGUAGUUGUGUGUUUUUGUGUGUGUGUGUGUGUGCUUCUGGAUCAGUUUCCGACGGAUGAGAGCAUACUGAAACUGUACAUCCGAAGAGUGAAUGAAUUAAUGACUGAAUGCGACCAGAGGCAUUAGUUUGCAGAAUGACAUCCCUCCCUGCUCCUCCAGUUGCCAGAUAAGCUGAACAGUCCUGACACCUCAACAAUGCAGCGCUUUACUGGCCUGCCCACACCCUGCUCCACCCUGUUUGCUCUGCUCUCUGAUUUUUAAUGACAAAAUGUAUUGAAACAAUCGGCUGGACUCUCCCCUCAAUCCGCCGGCAUAGUGAAGGGAGCUUACGCGGUUCCGGUCCCCAGGAUUUCAGACAGCUAACAAAACAGCCGUUACUCGCGCUCGACUGGCUGGCUGCAAUGCUUUUCAGCCCCACAGGAAAGAGGCUGUGCGAGUCAGCCGGGCUGAAUGAGGUGGCAACGCCGCCGGCCGCCCGUUCACCUCCUGACACAUUAGUACCACAUCAGUCAAGGCCACAAGUUCUUGUGUUUCCCAUAUCAGCGUUUUAUACAGCAGGCCUCUACUACGGUGUAUUUGUGCCUUCUGGUUUCAGCAAAAAAAACACUUUGUCAGGGUGUAAAGUAUAUUUCAUGUUUGGGUCAAAUAUAAUGCUUAAUAAAGUAUUGUGUGUGACAAA